AUGCAACGUCUCGUCAUGUCGAAGAUGGCGAGGAGCCUCUCACGACUACUGACGGGCUGCCAGCGCUUUGCUUCACCUCCAUCGGUGUAUGCUCACCUCUGCCAUUCAUCUACCAGCUUGCCAUUCAGAAGCAGCUUUGUGCGGACCAUGGGGGCACUGCCAUUUUCUUUCCUCCCGAAGCCUCGAGACUUCAGCCUGCCCAACUCGGCAUGGAGUGCGGAAAUGACUCGCCUCUAUAACUUUUACAACAACCAGUGUGAAGUGGAAAAUGAAUCUGGAGAGAAACAGAAGGGACCCUGGAGGAGACUGCCCAGCUACAAUCGCACCCUCAAGUAUGCCACAGGAGGAGCCUAUCUCAGCAAGUUCAUCCAGUCCAAAAAUCGACUUUUUACUCGCAGCAUCAAAACCGCAGGAGCCGCAUUUGAGUAUGUGAUGUUUAUUAACAAAGAAGAGCAGAGGUGUGUCUGCAUUUUCCAGGCUGGACAUCUGCUGGAGGGCCCGCCCGGGCAUGUCCACGGGGGGGCGAUCGCCACUAUGAUUGACUCAGUCACCGGCGCUCUUGCAGCGUUCAUGUCUGGAGCAGUUAUGACUGCCAAUCUCACCAUCAAUUACCGCAGCCCCAUCCCGUUGGGAAGUACAGUGUUGCUCGAAUCCUCCGUUGACAACAUGGAAGGAAGAAAAACGUUCGUUUCGUGUAAGGUCACCAGCACCGAUAGCUCCAAGCUGCACACUGAGGCGACAGCACUCUUCCUGUCUAUCAAAGUCGGCCAUUUAUUGGGAAUGUGACUCAACCACAUCGGAAGCCUUAAUGGUGUGCCUUGGAGUCCAGUGUUAUAUUCUUAAAGUUUAUUUAAAAUAUUUAUUAUUUGCCAAGUUAUUUUAGUAACUUCUCAAUAUGGCAACACACUCAAUGACACACAGUUCCGAGUCUGUCGGAUGGUCAAAUCUGGGCCCAAAUUUGUCCAUGUUACAACUACAACACACUUAGAAAAUGAAUGGAUGAAGGCAUGAGUCAAUGUCCGUAUAACGUAUUUCGGCAGUACAGUAAAGUAGGUUAUCAUUUGACUACCUCAUGUUUUAUUAACACUAAUACUAAGCCUUAUUUAUAGAACUUUUUACUAACUUUACAGCUACUCCCUUCAGUGAAUUCCUGAAACUACACUAAGCAUUGCUUUCAACUAUUUUAUGAAAAAAAUAAAAUAAUAAUUUUAA